AUGCAGACUUUUGAACACAAUGGUGGCUUCAGGAGUGGGGUACUAGAAAGAGAGAGUGAUGAUCGUUACGGCGACCGAUAUCCUCGAACUCGAUCUGAAGAGGCUCAAUGGAAUCAGGAGAACCGUGCCCCCGGAGAUAGAGGCUCCCCAGGGGCAGACACAAUCAGGCGCAGUCCCUGGGAGGGCCACGAACGCAACCACCCGUCAAUGUCUCAAGAGCCGUCAGCCCAAGACCGAGCCGUUUCUCCGCCUCCUGUUGCACCCUCGGCUCCGGCAUUUGGAUCUGUUCCAAGUUGCACUGGGAGUAACUCUGCCUUUAUCCCUGCCCAAGUUUGUCACGGCUUUAACCUGCACCAUUUUCCAACAAUUCCUCCAUUUGUAGCCCCCGCCCAAGCACAGCAGUCGGAGCCUGAGACAAACUGGCCUGAACCAGUGCGUGAUUAUGUCAAGAGGUCUUUUCUCCCCUUUAACAACGAUCCAUCGGUGUCUCGUGCAGAAGUCGAUGCUACGCUUGCGGAGACGAUUACAACAGCUGCGAAAAACCGCACUUUAUACACGACACAAUUGUAUGACAUUCCCUUAAGUCGCACGCCGUGGUUCGAAUCCGUCGUCGGCUCCGGGAAAAGAACGUCUUCCGAUUUUUCCCACGGCGGAUCAAGCCAAAACUCACCAUACUGCAGUACUGAGCCUACUGAACCAGCGACCCUGGAACUAACAAUAUUGUCUGGUCAGUCAGGACUAGGCCACCAGCGUGAUGGUAGAGAAGGAGAUCAAGAGUUUGAGCAGUGGCGGCCUUUCAACAAUGACGAGGACUCUAAUUCACGAGGAUCCAGCAAUGGGGCACGAUCAAACUACAGUACUAACUCAGAACAGGUCGAAGGUGUUUCAUGUACUGGAGAAUUUGGUUAUGAAGCUCAAUUUUCGGACGAUGCAGACUCGAUAUACACAGCAGAUCCUGAUGUUCCGCUAUCUAAGAAGAACGCAAAUAUCUUUUGGCUUGCGGACGACUUGUUUAACAAGGCCUUUACGGAGAAGCCCGAUGAGGACGGCCUAGACAGAAUAGAAAAAUUGCUUCCUCAACUUCUAAAGACGUUUGCUAUAAAGGUUGGAUCUGGUGGUUCAACGCAGAUAUAUAGAGACGUGAUGGUAUUUGUGCGAAGGCACAGAAGUGAAAUUACCAAGGCCAUGAGGGAUAGGUAUAAUGAGGAGAAUAACCUCCGCUCCGAUGUUCUCGGGAAUAAUGUUACAAGAAUAGAUCCGGGAGAUCUUGUCAGGCAUUGGCGUCAGCACACAGAUACAUUAGAAGAUCUGAAUAUUGCUCCUAAUGAGAUCUCGGAAGAUAUAAGCGAUUAUAUCUAUUACGAGGAUCUUGACGAAGCCGACCCAGCCGCUGAUUCUCUGCCAGAGCUUUCUGUUUACAAGGAUUUUAUAUCGAAACUCCCCGAGUACAAAUGGCUUUUGGAGCGCAUCCAGGGAGCCCUGUACAUGGAUGAUGCUGGAAAUGUGCAGACUAAUAUCAGGAACACAAUUUUACAACUCCUGCCCAGAGCCAAGAGAAUCAGCAGAGAAGCAAUACCACAAACGCAUUAUUUGACCUUUACUGCAGACUGGGACCUGUGUGAAUUUCUACAAGAACAAGACUACUUGGAUAGCCCCGAGAGAACACUGGAACGGGCUAUUACAAUUAUUGGCUCGGAAACAGAUGCUCAAGCAGCAACGACGACAGAGUAUCUAGGUCAAACGUGGCCAUCAUCUGGCAUUCACCUUUUACAUGCCGUGAAGGCUGCGAUGCAGGAUACUUGCCCUGGACGAUCGUUCUAUUAUCUACCAGAUGGUACACAAUUAAUAGUCUGGUCUCUAGGGCCGUGUUUUAAGCUUGGAGUCGCCGGGAUAGCAGAAUCCAUUGCAGAGAUUGGAGAGCAGCUCGCUUGGCUCGGUUCGGCUCUCCGUUCAUCCCCCUACCAGACAGGAAUUGCUGUCGUCAAUGCAUUUGUGAGCAGAAUGUGGACGAGUCCACUCAAUGGGGUGACCCAAAGAUCAGAAUUUUUCUGCAAUAUCAAUUUUAACCUCGACGCCGUCGAUGGCACUGGCGAAAUACCGAAUGGCCAGUGCUGGCAUGACUUAUUCCGAAAUCCAGUCAUAGUGAAAGGCUAUCCUAUUCCGCGGAGGCCACUAUCCAACAUGGGGCUUGAAAUCCGUCUAGAUACCAUGGCGCACUUGGCAGGAACACGUCAUAUCCAGCUCUUCAACAACAAGAUAUUCAUCAAGGGCUUUUCGAUCAUGCUGGUUCCAACGCGGCAUUCUGACAAUAUCCUUGUGUGGCACUUGCUCUUCAAAAAGAAUGGAAAUCGCAUCUCAUAUCUCGACAACAAUGGCCCUCACAUUGAAGAAACUAAUCUGUUUGAUUUGGAAACAAAUCGUCAUAUUCUUGGUUGGUCCUCGAGUGUGAGAUAUCUUACAGGAGCUGCCGAUGCAAAUUAUGUGAUUGAAAGUUCCUGGUUGAAAUGCCUUCAUGAGAAUUGCAACUUGAGUGGCAAGGUGGUAACCCCAGGCCGAUUGAUUAAAUCUGAUCAUGCAGCAGCCCUGGGGAAAAGAGAUGUGUCACUACAAGUCUCUGGCGAUACGUACAGGAAAAAGCUAUAUGCUCUGUCCAAGGAGUACGUGGUGCUUUGGGACGUGGAGUGCAAACGUGGGUGGCUGGUGAAUGGAGUGAAUGCACUGCUCCAUCUCCUGCGUGCAUCUCUUGAGUUUAACAAAUCCGAUGAUUUAUCAUUUGGAUUCCUCUUCCAGUCUGACAAGUUUAGGGAAGCAAAGAACCCUUAUACCGUUUCCGCAGCGCUUGAGGUUCUUCUGAAUGCGUCGAACCUUGACAUGGAACUUUACGAGGAAGAUGAGAAGGACGAAUCAAACGCAAGCAUCAAGUACCGAAUUCGUGAUCGGGUCAAUGAUUUGUAUGGGACCCUUGAAAAACUCAUUGAUUACCAAAGAAGUAUAACAGGAGAGCGGCUCAAAUCUUCUCCGCGGAAAGACCUUGAGGGCUGGGACUUCAAAGACAUUGCAACAAACAACGAAAAUCCCAUCUAUCCGUGUCUCGCAAAGUUGAAAACAAUCGGCAAGGGAUGGGUGGAUUUUAUCCGAGCUCUUAAGGCCGUCACAGUGUUUGGCAGAAACUUUGGUGCUUUACUUGACCCCGUCCCAGACCCUGGCAGGUGCAAGUACUGGAAGACGUUACCAUUAAACAAGUAUUAUCUGGCUGCUAGUAUGGAGGAUCUGAGUAGGAUUAUGAGCCGCCUGGGGGAUCCAAGAGCGAAUCCCCCCCUACUGAUAGGGUCAAUUGUGUGGUAUCCAUCCAAGAUCGCCACGAGAUGUUCGUGCAGCGCCGACAGCGACGGCACGGUGAAGCAUCGCGAGCUUGCUCAAGUUCUAUGGCCAUCACAUAUCGGAGACCCUGACAAGGGAGAGCCUCCAUUAUCGGGUGAAGAGUCGGAUGAUGACCCUGCAGAUAGCGGGAUUGGCUCGAGUGUUCGUUUGCCCACCGAACCUGAGUCACAAGGUCAUUCACCCACGAGCUCCAGUUCCGGUAUUCAUGCUCUUCAACACGAGCACUAUAGGAUAGGAAUAAUUUGUGCCUUGCCCAAGGAGUUGAAGGCCGUGAGGACCCUACUCGACAGCCAUCAUCAAGAUCUACCAAGGCGACACAAAGACAUGAAUACAUAUGUCCUUGGCUGCUUAGGAGGUCAGAACAUAGUUGCUGCUUGUCUUCCAUAUGAAGAUUACGGUACGAAUGCCGCUUCCAAAGUCGCCUCAGACAUGGGGAAAAGUUUUACUAAUCUGAAAUGGUAUUUCGUCGUUGGAAUUGGAGGAGGAAUACCUUCAGAAAAGCAUAAUAUUCGACUGGGUGAUGUUGUGGUCGGCACCAGUGUCAUUCAGCACGAUAUGGGCAAAGCGAUGCAAAAGGACACCAAGUUUCUAAGCACAGGAAUCGUGAAGCCCACGGCCACUGAGCUACGGACUGUAAUCAGUCUCGUUGAGUCUGAGCGAGACGGCUGUCAAGUUUUCAUGGAAACUUGUAUAGAAUUCAUGUCCAGAAGGUCGGAUGCCUAUAAAAAACCUGAGCAAGACCACGAUAAGCUGUUUGAACCUCAUGCUAUACAUGAAGAUGGCCAAGAGACAUGUAGAAACUGCAAGGGCUCAUACUUUUCCAGAGCAACUCAGGAGUCCGGGCCUCGUAUACAUUACGGUCGCAUUGCCUCUGGGAACCAGGUUAUAAGGGAUGCAGUGAUGCGGGAUCGCAUUCGUGCUCAAACCGGCGCUUUAUGCUUUGAAAUGGAAGGCGCUGGCGUCAUGACAACCGAACACUGCUUGAUUGUUCGAGGAAUAUGCGAUUACGCGGACUCGCAUAAGAAUGACGAGUGGCAUGACUAUGCAGCGGCGACUGCUGCUGCUUAUACCAAGUACUUUCUCCUCCGCAUGGGCAGCUCUGCCGUGUACGAUCCCAAAGCGGAUCAGUAA